UAAAUUUACAGUUUGUUAUCAAAAAUGUCUAGUAUUUCACCUAAUAAAGGUAUGGAGAAGUUCACCAUAGAGAUUACUGUGGAUAAGUCUACAAACGAAAAAAAUUGCACUGUUACAGAUAAGGGUGAUGUGAAGUCGUACAUUAUGGACCCAAUACAUGAGGAAUAUCAGUAUAUAAACCACAUUAAACAGAUUAUUGAGAAGGGUAUCAAAAGGGAGGAUAGAACAGGUGUGGGCACUUACAGUGUUUUUGGGGCUCAAAUGAGGUACUCGUUAAGAAACAAUGUUUUCCCUCUGUUGACAACAAAAAGGGUAUUUUGGAAGGGAGUAGUGGAGGAAUUGUUGUGGUUCAUACGAGGCUGCACAAACGCUCAAGAGUUGUCUGCUAAAGGUGUGCACAUUUGGGACCCAAACAGCACUAGGGAGUAUUUGGACAACAUAGGCCUCACGCACAGGGAAGAAGGGGACUUGGGGCCCAUCUACGGCUUUCAGUGGCGCCAUUUCGGGGCCGAAUACAAAGGAAUGCACGAAAACUACAAAAACAAAGGCCUCGAUCAGUUAGCUCAUGUUAUAAACACCAUAAAAAAUCGGCCGAAUGAUAGAAGGAUUAUUAUGUGCGCCUGGAACCCCCUCGAUAUUCCUGAAAUGGCUCUACCCCCAUGUCAUUGCCUCGUGCAGUUUUUUGUCGCCAAUAAUGAACUUUCCUGCAUGCUGUAUCAAAGAUCUGCCGAUAUGGGGUUGGGGGUGCCAUUUAAUAUUGCCAGUUAUGCUUUGUUAACUUACAUGAUUGCCCACAUCACAAAUCUUAAGCCUGGGGAGUUUAUACAUACUCUUGGUGAUAGCCAUGUAUACUUAAACCACAUUGAACCUCUCAAAGAACAAAUUCAAAGGGUUCCCAGGGAGUUUCCGACGUUGCAUAUAAACAGGAAAAUCGACAACAUCGAAGAUUUUACGUUGGAAGAUUUUGUUUUGGAAAACUAUAGACCACACCCCAAAAUUACCAUGCCCAUGGCAGUUUAGUUUAAUCUAAGUUUUAUUUUUGUGAUUAUGUUUUUUCUUUGUAUGUACUUAUAUUUUAUUUAAUA